CCUAUACAGAACUCGUAUAUAUUGCGUAUUGCGAGGGGCUGCUGGAGUUCUGUGUGGUGGACUGACUCCUGAGCGGGAGCAAAUGAAGAGAUGAAACCCGCCAUGCACAGCCCCUGAGUUCCCAGCCCGUAGUGACGUUCAACCACCCAACCAUGUCCACAUUCAGGGCGGUGCUGCCAACAGUGCUCACCACAACAUCAACCAAGAUUGGCUGACAACUCCCGCCAGAAUCAUCACAGAUUCACAGCCUUCGAAGCUUGCGUGUUACUUCAGCUCCAAGGCUUCGUGAUUGCACGCCCUCCACGCUCGUUACUGAAAAAUUAGGCCUAGUUCCCAGCCAUCCCUACAACUACACCUCACCUCUUCUGCUCUCUCUUCGGAUAUUUCUCGACCCCUGGAACUUUCAUCAUCCUUCUGCCCCAGGUCCCAGGUUAGCCAGCCAACUCACAGCCGCCCAGCCAGCAAACAAAAGUCCUGGAGACUCCGUCUUGGAGCUUCUGCGCUCUCCCUUCAUUUAUCCAACAACACCAACUCCGACUAGUCCCUAUCCAUCGCCAUCCAUACAUUCAAGAUGGCGGCCAACGACUACUAUAAUCCGAACCCAAACAACGCUCCUCAAGCUCCUUGCCCAUAUCCUCAGCAGACGUCAUCACCCUUCCCCCCCUCAUACGCCUCGCAGCCACCGUCGCGAACGCAAUCAACAAAACCACACGAACCCUCGCCCGUCUCACCCUUUGAAGCACCCUUCGACGACCAUGUAUAUCCUAUGGGUCCGCAGAGAUUAAGUAGUCACAGCUCGAUAGGGGAUGAUACAGCAUAUUAUGGCCAAGGAGGUGGUGGAAGACAACCAUCAAAUGCCUCUUUCCAGGACAAUAUUCCAUUACAAAAUCAGAAGCCAGCGGUUCCUCCAAAAGCAGGUACCGACCAUGUUUACGACACAGAUCAUGUAUACGAUGCAGGGGAUCCGAAUAACCCCGCGCGUAGAAACACGAAUAACCUCGAAGAUGGCGCCCGGGACGGCCGAUUUAAUAUUCUCAAGAAAAGAAAGAAGAUUGCAUUCGUCACCUAUAUUUUCACUCUCAUACAGGUCGUGGUUUUUAUCGUUGAAAUUGUAAAAAAUGGUAAGUGUAGAGGGUCAUAAGUCUCAGUCGUCCAUCUUAUCCAAAUACUUACUUUUCUCUAGCACAACUCACAGGUUCACCUAUCAUGAUCCAUCCCCAAAUCAAUCCUAUGAUUGGUCCAUCGCCUUAUGUCACAAUCAAUAUGGGAGCGAGAUACCCAUUAUGCAUGCAUAAUGUUAAAGGACUGCAAGAUUCCAGUGAGGAAAUAUCAUUUCCAUGUCCAGAUACUAUCGAAAAGACGGGAGUAUCACGGGGAAAAUCAACAACAGCUGGAGAAACCUGUAAUUUGCAACAGCUGUGCGGCAUGGGCUUUAAGACAGAAUGGUUGCCACAGGUUGGCAAAGGCGCUGAUCCAACCCCUGCACCAAAUCAGUGGUUCCGAUUCAUCACUCCAAUAUUCCUACACGCCGGAAUCAUUCACAUCGGUUUCAACAUGCUACUUCAGAUGACUCUUGGAAAGGAAAUGGAAAUAAUGAUUGGUCCAAUUCGAUACUUUUUAGUUUACAUGGCCAGUGGAAUCUUUGGAUUCGUUCUAGGAGGUAACUUUGCUGGUCCCAUGAUACCCUCGACUGGUGCAUCUGGAGCUUUGUUUGGUAUUUUGGCUUUGAUACUUCUCGAUUUGCUUUAUCACUGGCAACAGCGUGUGUCGCCUUGGAAGGACUUGGCAUUCAUUAUGCUUGAUGUUUUAAUCUCGUUUGCUCUCGGGCUACUUCCCGGCUUGGACAACUUUUCCCACAUUGGCGGCUUUUUGAUGGGAAUUACUCUGGGUAUCUGUAUUUUGCAUUCUCCCGCUGUCUUGCAAAGUCGCAUUGGUCAGGAACCACCGUAUACACCAGUCGCUAAAAGCGAUGAUCAUUUGAAUUCCGGAACCAUGAAGUUUGCUAAAGCACCUGUUGGAUUCUUCAAAGGUCGAAAGCCUGCUUGGUGGGCUUGGUGGCUUGUUCGUGUUGCUGCGCUGGUUUUCGUCUUGGUUGUCUUCAUUCUCUUGAUGGAUAACUUUUACAAGCCAACCGACAAGAGAUCUACUUGUAGCUGGUGUCACUAUUUCACCUGUAUUGUAAGUUUUCAUGAUCUCCUCUCUCGUAUCGAUGCUAACCCAAUAACAGGAUGUAAACGGCUGGUGUGAGAUUGGAAACUUGAACACCACAACCACUACCGUCCCCACUCCCAACACGUCGCCGGCGCCGGGUGUUCAGAAUCGGGGUCUGCUAGAAUUUGGAAUGGCCAAGUUGGCUUUCUAAUCAGGGUAAUUGUUAUCUUUCGGUCGUGUUUUGAGAGUCCUGGAAAAAUUGGAAUUUGCAUAGCGAUGGAGUCAACAAUGAAAUAUCUACGAU